CACAGAGCACGGGGUUGUUCACCUGAUAUCAGACAAAUAGGCCUUGAUGUCAACCGCACAUUUAGGGCCCACAUCAUGUUUAGAGACAAACACGGCGCUAAGCAACAAUCCCUAUUCCACGUUCUCGCUGCUUAUUCUAUUUACAACACGGAGGCUGGAUACUGUCAGGGGAUGAGCCAGAUCACAGCCUUACUCCUCAUGUACAUGAAUGAAGAGGACGCCUUCUGGGCCCUUGUCAAACUCUUCUCGGGCCCCAAACAUGCCAUGCAUGAGCAUGGGCCUGGAAUUGAUAUAUUUACACCGGGUAAGCCUGGAGAUUAUGACUUGGAAGGUGGUAUAUGGGAAGAUGAAGAUGCUCGGAAUUUUUAUGAAAACCUCAUUGAUUUGAAAGCUUUUGUUCCAGCCAUCUUGUUUAAAGAUAAUGAAAAAAGUUGUCAGAAUAAACAUUCCAACAAGGAUGAUUCUAAAGAUGCAAAAGAACCUAAGGAUAAUAAGGAGGUACCGAAUCCUGAUGAUUUGGAACUCGAGUUGGAGAACCUAGAGAUUAAUGAUGAUGCUUUGGAGUUAGAGGGUGGAGAUGAAGCUGAAGAUCUUACAAAGAAACUUCUUGAUGAGCAAGAACAAGAGGAUGAAGAAGCCAGCACUGGAUCUCAUCUCAAGCUCAUAGUAGAUGCUUUCCUCCAGCAGUUGCCCAACUGUGUGAACCGCGAUCUGAUAGACAAGGCAGCAAUGGAUUUUUGCAUGAACAUGAACACAAAAGCAAAUAGGAAGAAGUUGGUACGGGCACUCUUUACAGUUUCCAGACAAAGGUUGGAUUUGCUCCCAUUUUAUGCAAGAUUGGUUGCUACAUUGCAUCCCUGCAUGUCUGAUGUAGCAGAGGAUCUUUGUUCCAUGCUGAGGGGGGACUUCAGAUUUCAUGUACGAAAAAAGGACCAGAUCAAUAUUGAAACAAAGAACAAAACUGUUCGUUUUAUUGGAGAACUCACUAAGUUUAAGAUGUUCACAAAAAAUGAUACACUGCAUUGUUUAAAGAUGCUUCUGUCAGACUUUUCCCAUCACCAUAUUGAAAUGGCAUGUACCCUGCUGGAAACAUGUGGAAGAUUUCUUUUCAGAUCUCCAGAAUCUCAUCUGAGGACCAGUGUACUUCUGGAACAAAUGAUGAGAAAGAAACAAGCCAUGCAUCUCGAUGCGAGGUACGUCACAAUGGUCGAGAAUGCCUAUUACUACUGCAACCCACCCCCAGCUGAAAAAACAGUGAAAAAGAAGCGUCCUCCUCUCCAGGAAUAUGUCCGGAAACUUCUGUACAAGGAUCUCUCCAAGGUUACCACUGAGAAGGUUUUGAAACAGAUGCGAAAGUUGCCCUGGCAGGACCAAGAAGUAAAAGACUAUGUCAUUUGCUGUAUGAUAAACAUCUGGAACGUGAAAUACAACAGCAUUCAUUGUGUGGCCAACCUCCUAGCAGGGCUCGUGCUCUACCAGGAGGAUGUUGGAAUCCAUGUCGUAGAUGGAGUUUUAGAAGACAUCCGAUUAGGAAUGGAGGUUAAUCAACCUAAAUUUAAUCAGAGACGUAUCAGCAGUGCCAAAUUCUUAGGAGAACUUUAUAAUUACCGAAUGGUGGAAUCGGCUGUUAUUUUUAGAACUCUUUAUUCUUUUACUUCAUUUGGUGUUAACUCUGAUGGUUCUCCAAGUUCCCUGGACCCUCCCGAGCACCUUUUCAGGAUUAGACUAGUGUGCACUAUUUUGGAUACCUGCGGCCAGUUCUUUGACAGAGGUUCCAGUAAAAGAAAACUCGAUUGCUUCCUUGUGUAUUUUCAGCGUUAUGUUUGGUGGAAGAAAAGUUUGGAGGUUUGGACAAAAGAUCAUCCAUUUCCUAUUGACAUAGAUUACAUGAUCAGUGACACCCUAGAACUGCUAAGACCAAAGAUCAAACUCUGUAAUUCUCUGGAAGAAUCCAUCAGGCAGGUACACGACUUGGAACGAGAAUUCUUAAUAAAACUAGGCCUAGUAAAUGACAAAGACUCAAAAGACUCUAUGCCAGAAGGAGAAAAUCUUGAAGAGGAUGAAGAAGAAGAAGAAGGAGGAGCUGAAACAGAAGAACAAUCUGGAAAUGAAAGUGAAGUCAAUGAACCAGAAGAAGAGGAGGGUUCUGGUAAUGACGACGAUGAAGGAGAAGAAGAAGAGGAAGAGAACACAGAUUACCUCACGGAUUCAAACAAGGAGAAUGAAACUGAUGAAGAAAAUACUGAGGUAAUGAUUAAAGGAGGUGGACUUAAACAUGUACCUUGCGUAGAAGAUGAGGACUUCAUUCAAGCUCUGGAUAAAAUGAUGCUAGAAAAUCUUCAGCAACGAAGUGGUGAAUCUGUUAAAGUGCACCAACUCGAUGUUGCCAUUCCCCUGCAUCUCAAAAGCCAGCUGAGGAAAGGGACCCCACUCAGUGGUGGGGAGGGAGAGACAGAGUCUGCAGACACGAUGCCGUUUGUCAUGUUAACCAGAAAAGGCAAUAAGCAGCAGUUUAAGAUCCUUAAUGUACCCAUGUCUUCCCAACUUGCUGCAAAUCACUGGAACCAGCAACAGGCAGCAAGAAGAGAGGAUGAGAAUGAAAAAGCUCACGCUAGAUAUCAACGAACGGCAAGAACAAGAAGAUUAUCAAGAAAUGCUGCAGUCUCUUGCCCAGCGCCCGGCUCCAGCAAACACCAAUCGGGAGCGGCGGCCGCGUUACCAGCAUCCGAAGGGAGCGCCUAAUGCAGAUCUAAUCUUUAAGACUGGUGGGAGGAGACGUUGAUCCAGUAGCACGUCUCAUUUCAUUAGGUCCUGUAUCUGAUGUUGUGGAUAGUGGAGUCCUCCAGCAAUUGAGUGAGAGCAGUGGACACAUCUCAGCAUGUCGGUCUAGAGACUUGUGAACCUAAACCUGGGACAGGAUGGUUGUGAUGGUAAUGGUAUGGGGGAAACGAACUUGAGGUUAAACUUGAUUUGAGUUACAGUGUCUCUGAAUUGAACAUCCCAUGUUGGAAAAAGAUACACCUGGGGGCUCCAGGACUGCAGUAGACAAGCAUAGAGCAAGCGGUAAAAUCUCCUAGUGACAGCGCACGUGCAGGACAACAAAACGAUGAAAGACCCAAACACAGAUAAUCCACCAGGAAGGCUUCUGCUUAGGGAUUUGUUUCAAGAGGAGCAAGAGAUGAGGGAGAAAAAGCAGUUUGUCCAUCAGAGUCAGUAAUACAACAUUGCCUAUUAGGGUGAGAGGAGAACGUGACGACUAGUGUGCAAAGAGCGUGAACCCAGGCGGCGCAGGGGCGUCUGACACCAGCCUGAGCGCAGGGGUAGGUGAGCCCAUUGUAAGUAUCAUCGAACACAAACAGCGUGCCAGGCAGACGUCACAGAAGACGGACGAAGGACAGCCAGGGGGGUCCGGAGAUUUUGUUGACCUUCAUGGGUUUACAGCCUCUGUCUCUCAGCAAAGUGUGGAAACAGUAGAGCUUUUAUUUUGCUUUGUUUUUGUUUUGUUUUGUUUUGUUUCUCCUCCCCCCCAACCCCCCCAAAUAGAAACGAGGGUUCUCAGUCUGUUUCUGGCAAUCUGUUAAUUUCUUAGGAUAGCUGUCUUUCGUUUGCUUUCCGAUAGGCAUAGUAAAUUUAGUUGAAGAGCACAUCUGUAUGCUACAAACUUGAUUACAUCUUUUCUAGCUAUUUUACAUUUUUUUCCUUUUUACCAUGCUUCAGUUUCUGCAUGUAGAAUUAAAUAAGAAACAAAAGUUGUAAAGUUGUAACAUUUCACAUGGAAAUGCUGCCCGAUCUUCACCAGCUUCAGAAAUCUGACCUUUGCCGAUGCUGCAAUAAAGUGUUGUAAUUUA